GUAGCAAAACAUAUUUUUGCUAGUUGGCAGGCUCAAUUAUCUGCUUUUGAAUUUGAUAUUCAAUAUAUUAAAGGAGAAAAUAAUUCUCUUGCUGACUACUUAACCCGUGAAUUUUUGCAGGGUGAUGACAACCCCUUAUAGGGGAAGAGGCCGAGGCCGCGGAUUUGGCCGUGGUAUUGGUAGUGGAAGAGGAGGUAACAAUAUGUUGCCUUACCAAGAAUCUAAUAUUUCCCUAAUAGGGGAUUGGACCACAGUGGGAAAACUCAGGCAAUUGCCUGCCCCACCUAAGAAGGAAGACCAACCGUCUUCAUCUUCAAAAAAGAUAAUAUCUUACAAAGAUAUAAUAGUUAAUGAAUCCAAGGAACAGGCAUCCGAAUAUUUUGAGAAUCCUGUCACUGAAAAAAUAAUUCACAUUGAUGAAGAAGAUUUGUCAUUAACCCGUAAUGACGGAUGGUCAAUCAAAACAAGAUAUCUAGAAUCCAGAGGAUAUGCUGGACUUUUUGGCAAAUCAAGGCCAAAUUUAGAAAUUUUGCUAACAGUUACUGAAUCAGUAACUAUAACACAUUAUUACCAGAAUAAUAACCCAGAAAGUUUUAUAAACUUUAGUAAAUGUCACAUAAAUAAAAUAUUAUUACCAAGAGAAUGGGGUCUAAAUCCAAACGGAGAAAAAGCAAUAAAAAUUGCUGAGGAUAAAUACAUCUACUUUAAUUAUUGGGAUUAUAUCCAGGCUUUUACCCAAGCUUUUUAUUAUCAAAAUCCGAAAAACAAACAUUCUUGGUUUUUCUCGAUAAAUCCAGAGAUUGUGGAUAAACCCAUACCAAAUUGGUUUUUUAAUUGGUGGAUCAAAUUUGGUCCUUCUUUAGAAAUCUUACCUAAGGAAGUAGGAGAAUUAUAUACUCCGUGGUGUGAGAAUAGCUCUUUAAUAUCAAAAAUAGCUUCCAAUAAACUUAUUACAGGACAAUGUCCCUGUUUAUUCUUCAUUAAAUUUCAAAUUCCAUGGAUAUGGAGAUGGACAGUAACCAUAUCCAAAGAUAUAUUUAAUAUCCCCAUUUUAGAAAGAAAUUUCUUUUACAAAUGGUGGACCAAGAAGAGUUCUGAAGAUAUUCAGGAUUUAAUAUCCAGGGUAAAAAUUGUUAUCAAUGAGGAUAAAGCCACAGGCACAAAAGAUCAUAGCCACCAGUACUCUAUGGCUGAUUUAAAAGAUUAUUUUCAAAGGAAAUAUCCUAAAGAAUCAGAAGAAGAAGUCAUGGUCAGAAUUUUGGAUCAUAUGAAAACCCAGUUUUUCAAUACUUUUCCCUCAACAGUAAAAGGAGAUGAUAUGUCUACCUCUUCCCAAGGAUCCGUUGGUCAAAAUAUGUUUGAAGGUUUAGCUGGAGAAUCUCAGCCAGAUGAUGAACCUACCCAGGAAGAUUUCUGGGAUGCCAUGAUUCAGUCAAUAAAAACCAAGAAAGACAAGAGCUAG